AUGAAGGCUUUUCCCUCUCUCAUUGUUGCCCUCCUCUUCCUCAACUUGUUAUCAGCUGACGCCACUCUCGAAGAAACAUGCAAGCAAUUAGCAGCUCGUGCAGGCGUUCAUUUUGACGUCAACUUCUGUAUAACAACUCUUCAGGUUGUUCCAGGAAGUAAUAAAGCUGACGCUAUAGGUCUUACCUCUAUAAUAGCCAACCUAGCGAACACCAACAUCACACACAACCUUGCCAAAGUGGAGGAGUUGCUGAACAGUAAAAACGUGUCAGCGGAGAGCAAAAAGGCUCUGGGUGUCUGUGAAGAAGCGUACAACAAGGGCGCUGAGGACAUCAAGGAAAUGACUGAAGCGCUCAAGUCUCGCGAUUUUCUCACGGUCAAGAGCCGUUCGAGUGCGCUAUUGACCAACGCCUUCACGUGCGUGUCUGCUUGGGCCGAGUCGAAGCUGGAGCCUCUGAUGCCUGAAGAAGUAGACGAUGCCUAUAAAAUCAGCGACCUUGCUUUCUCCAUUGGUGCUUCGCUUCCUGAUCGGUAACUGCUUGAUUUGUCUUCAGUCUGUGGGUGUUUGGA